AUGGAGUCGAUACAGAAUUUCUACCAAACAAUUUUGGCAUCUUCUCAUCCAUUGAUUCUAUCGGUUCAUCUAUUGGGAAAAGCAGUUCCGAUUGUACUAUACCUGCUAGGAUCAUGGUUUCUCAGCACGACUGUACAAUUUAUACUUGUCAUUCUAGCACUUGCGGCUGAUUUCUACUUCACCAAGAAUAUAAACGGGAGAAAACUUAUCCAGGAAAGAUGGUGGUACGAUGUAACAGGCGAAGACACUUCUACUUUUAGAUUUGAGUCAUAUAAGGAAUAUCCCGAUGUCCAGGCUCCACCAAUCAACCCUAUCGAUUCAAGGCUGUUUUGGUUAGCACUAUAUCUCGCUCCCGUUAUAUGGGUUGUGUUUGGGUUUGUGUGUCUCAUCAAGUUCCAAUUCGUUUAUUUAAUACUUGUUAUAUUUGCUGGCGGACUUAGUAUAUGGAAUGCAUAUGCAUAUCGUUUGUGUGAUGGAUGGGAACCUGGUAAAACAUCUGAGGCGCCAUUGUUCCAACUUCCAAUGCUUCCCUCAUUUGCUAACCUCGAUAGGGUUUCAAGGUUACAAUCUUUCUUCACAAGAACUUGA